AUGCAGCUGGGUUUUGGCAGUCAUGGUGAUGCCACCCAUAUUGGACCCUCCUCCAAAUCGGUCAUGAGGAUGAACGUUGACGUUGGCGUAGCGUUCAUUGGGACGUCAGCAGCCACGCUGUCGUCGAUCAUGGAAUCCAUGUCAUGCGUGGAGAAGGAUUCCAAGAACCAGCUAUGUGUCUAUCUGACUGCCAAGCAGAUCAAGUUGGUUCAAGACACGUGGCACGAAAUAAACAACGACAUUCCAACUCUUGGAGUCACCAUCUUUGUCAAUUUUUUCGAAAUGGAGCCCGACUUGAAGUCGCUGUUUCCGAAAAUCGUGCGGAUGAACGACUCGAGCCAGCUGGAGUGGUACAUGGACAAGGAGAUGCUGCAGAAGCAUGCAGUCACUGUGCUGGAGGCCCUCGGCGCCGCCGUCGAAAGUCUCGAGGACUCGGAUUUCCUCAACAGCGUGCUCAUCUCCGUGGGGCAGACCCACUUUAAGAGAAGCAUCAAACCACACAUGUUGAAGCGAUUAUGGCCAUCUCUAAACUACGGACUGAGCGUGGCUCUAGGGGACCGUUACACGAAGGAGGCCGAGGACGCGUGGAAGAGAUUGUAUACAUACAUCUGUGUUCAGAUGAAGCUCGGCAUGGAACACCCUGAAAUGGACCUUGGUGACGAGUUCUCCAUAUCGUGACGUCACACAUUACACGUCACUGGACACAACCGGAUUUUUAUUUUAUGUAAUGCUAGUCUCAGACUACCAACUAUCACGACAAAUUUGGCCAACUUUCUGCUCUCACGACUUCUACGACUAUGCAAUUGCUAG